AUGGAAAUUCCCGCCAUAUUUAUAAGUCGUGUACGUCCACGAGAGGUGUAUUCAGACUCGGACGAAACAUAUUUUGAUGGUUUUCAUAUCGACAGAAUGAAAGACAAAACAGAACGACGGCGUGCGAAACCUUAUGACCGUCCAGUGAACUCUACUCAAACAGUUGUCGAUGAUCCGCCAUUCAAGAAACGAGGCGAUGAUCAAAGUGAAAACGAACAAGGUGAUAUUGAAAGUCCAUCUAUUCUGUCAAAUGAAAUGAAAACUGAAACGUUGGAAAAAAUUUCGUGCUCAUCAAUUAGUAAUAACGAGGGGCCAAAAAAUUCAAAACUUGAGGGAAUAUAUUCAAAAGAGCGCGGAUUAGCGCGUGAUGAGGCGGGGGAGGGUGUUACCUGUAGAGCACUGAUUGCCGGUGGAAAUAUAGAUCGCUUCAGUAGUGGUAGAGCUUUCGUAGAAACACAGCAGAAGAAGGGGACUUCAACUAAACAAGUGCCUAUUGCACCAAAACCGGAAGUGAGGAAUGAUCAGCGCGGACUACUUGAAUUUUUCUUUGAUAACGAGAUGACAUAUCUUUCAUGAGAUUCAACAUGUAUAAUGUCGUAAUUAUUCAAGCAUUAAACAUUACAAAACAUGCUCGGAAUAAAAUAUUUCAUAUUUC